AUGGAGUUCGAGGACAUUCUGGCAGAAGUUGGGGGUUACGGAGUUUUCCAAAAACGAUUACUGUAUUGUUUUUUGUUACCCAUUACCAUUUCUAUAAGCUGGAUUACUUAUAAUCAGAUUUUUAUUAUGUCCGUUCCAGACCAUUGGUGUUACGUCCCUGAACUAGUAAAGGCUAACCUCAGUGAUCAACAAAAGAUGAUGUUGAUUCGACCGAUGGAAACUCGGCAUCAAAUGCCUAGCCAAUGUAAAAUGUACACCCUAGAUUACUGCAUUGAUCUUUUGGAAUUAAUAAGGAACUUAAAUUCAACCAAGAGUUUUAAUGAUUAUGUUUUAGCUUCAAAUACUUCUACUAAAGCAUGUCGGGAAGGUUGGGCUUACGACCGAACAUUGUAUGACUCCACAGCCUCAACAUACUGGGACUUAGUGUGUGACAAAAGUCAUUACCCUCAUCUUAUUUUCACCUUGGCCAGUAUAGGGGGAGCUGUAGCAACUCCACUGUAUGGAUCCUUGUCGGAUAGAUUUUUACCUGAAUCCCCUCGCUGGUUGGUGUCCGUUGGACGCUAUGAAGAAUCAGUUGUAAUCCUGACGAGAAUUGCCGAGACGAAUGGAUACUCUGUGCCUACUGACCUCAUCACGAAGCUUAAUAAUAUUAUACAAGAAAAGUUUCCUGUCGGUACAACGAUACUGGUCUUCGUUGGAAAUUUUGGUUGCAACUGCGUCUUUGUUGUUAUGUAUCAGCAGGCAGCAGAAAUAUAUCCAACCCCUGUCAGGGCUCUGGGAAUGGGAACCAGUGCUACCACUUCCUGCAUGGCACUGAUUUGUGUCCCUUACAUCGUCUAUCUGGGGACAUAUGAACAACACAUACCGUAUCUUAUUAUGGGAGGGCUUUGUUUGGUUGCGUCAGUUGCAGCGUCUUUCCUUCCCGAGACUCUACACUAUAAACUGCCUCAAACUAUAGAGGACGGAGAGGAAUUUGGCAAACAACAAACGUAUUUUUCUUGCGUUGGACUACACGGAUCUGGAAUUAAAAGAAAUGACAAGAAAGCCGAUGCCGUUGUCGAACAGCAAGAGUUAGAACCUCUACCGACUGUAUAAUCUUAAUGUUGUAUUUACACACGAAUCAACGAAUCAAC